GUGGAUUACGUGGAUGCACAAUAUCAUUUUCGUGGUGUUUCAUUACCGUCACCUGUUAAGUGUUCAUCGUAUUCAUGGGAUUUGAUUGUGAAUGCAGCAACUGUCUCCUCGGCACCUCGGACAGUGAUCAUUUUGAUUGGAUUGAAGUCGUCACUGGACUUGUUUUUAGAUGAUAGCCUUGUAAGAGCAUCAAGAAUGUGGAUUUUCUUGUCAGUUCCAAAAAUUACACCAUCCACCAUAUCGCCUCUCGAUCGCAACUCAAUAAUGCCGAAGGACAAAGCACAAAAUCAAAAGAAUGCAACAAAAGACAGACAGAUGAUGGGUAGUGUGGGUGAUCUUCUAACUGAAAACGAAAAAUUGUUAUCGGUUGCUGGAGCUGAAUUGCCGGAUUGUUUUGAAGGAUGCAAUAAAUAUUUUGCUAAAACAGUCGAUGUGGCCAUCAAGUCUGGUAAUCAUUACGAACGCUACCAAAAUGUUUGCUUUAGAUUCAAAGAAGCACGGAAGUGUUUAGAGCAAAUGAAACAUUGUGGUAGUUAUGAGUUAUUCGAUGUGCUGACAAGCGGACUUAAAUACAUGUGCAUGGAUCAGAAAGGAGCAUUCAACGCAACAAUGGAAUGUGUCGAUGUGAACACUUCAGAAAUUCAAGAUAGUAAGUAA